AUGGAAAGUAAAUCGGUCCCGUGCCUAGAUCUUACCGUGCCCCCUACGGUAGACGCGCUUAACAAGGAGGCGUACAGGGUGAGGCUCGCACGAGUGCAGCGUCAGGCGGCACUCAGGGUCCCUUCCGCGUACCGUACGGUGUCCGAACCCGCCGUUUUGGUGAUUGCUGGAGUUAUCCCUGUCAAACUCUUGGCAGCGGAGAGGAAGGCAAUCUACCAGAGACAAGGCUACAUCGGAAAGGACGCUGCAAGAACGGAAGAGCGCUCCCGCACUUUUCAGAUGUGGCAAGAAAGCUGGGAAAGGGAGACUCGAGGACGUUGGACUGCCAGACUCAUCAGACAGGUCCAACCGUGGGUGGAACGGCGGCACGGUGAGGUUGACUAUUACCUCGCGCAGUUCUUGUCAGGUCACGGCUAUUUUCAGUCGUAA